AUGGCGCGUGAUCCCACAGACCUCCUCCCAGGUCUUCCCGACGACGUCGCGUCGCUCUGCCUCGCGCGCCUCCCCUUCUUCUCCCACCUCCCCGCUUCCGCCGUCUGCCGGAGCUGGCGCGCCUUCUUCUCCUCCCCGCUCCCCUGGUCCUUACGCGCGGCGCACGCGAUUCGCCAUGGCGAUCUUUUACUCCUCUGCACGGGCCUCUGGACCAGCAGCGCGGGGGAACCCGCGCUUGUCUUCCACGUGUGGGAUCCGCAGCUCGACGCGUGGAUGCGCCUGCCGCCGCUUUUCGCGGGCCGCGCGUACGCGCCGCAUGCCUUCGAGGGCUUCUGCUGUACGGCCGUCGGCGCGUCGGUAGCAGCAGCGCCGAUUGCGGCUGGGAUGAAGGGUCUGGCGGCCGGAGGAUCAUCAGCGGCGGUAGGAGCAGCAGGAACGCCGAUUGCGGUGGUAACAGCAGCGCGAGCAGCACCAAGAGCAUCGGCGCGGGGAGGGGCUGCGGGUGCGCGAACCGCGCCGCAACCGGCGCGACCAUCUUUGUUCGUGCUCGGCGGAGAGUACCGCUUCUCCCCGCGCUUGGGCGGCACUUCCUCUCUAGCGGAGCGCAUGCCGCACGUGUGGUGCUUGGACCUGGGCUCGGGUCGCUGGCAGCAGCUCGCUGACAUGUCGCGCUGCCGCGUUAAUCUUAACGCCGCCGUAGUCCUCCCCGCACCCGCUGCUGCCGCCUCAUCCCUCGGUACCAGCGGAAGAAGCGCCAACACUGAUAGCGCUUCCGGCUGCGGCGGCGGCGGUGGAGGCGGUUGCCGACUACUGGCGCUAGGCGGCUCGUCGGAUCCCGUGGGCAGCUACGCAACGACGCCACGUGGCGAUGGUCGAUUGGAGGGGCUGAGGGGGAGCGAGGAUAGGUGGAUGAGCGGCGGAGACGCGGAGUUGGAUGGAGAGGGGCGCAUGUGGGUGGGCGAGGCGCUCAGUCUGGAUAAUGUCCUCUCGUGCGACGUGGCGGGAAGCGCUGUAGAAACGACAGGUCGUGCUUCUGCCGGAGAUUGCGCCGGGAUUGCCGCCGGGAUUGGCGUUGGGGCUGCUGCCAUGGCUUGUGGCAGUUUCUUAGGGGAGUUUGACCAGGCUGGUCAUAGUGGGGAGUGGAACGGCUAUGGGUUACACGCUGCCGCCGCCGCGACUGCUCCCGAUGGCGGUAGAAACAGCAGCGGCGGCGGCGGCGGCGGUGGCAGUAGCAGCAGUAGCGACAGUAGCACCCGCAGCACGGCCGGGAACGCCCCGGCCGCGCCUGUGCACGCCACGUGGCGGCGAUUCGCGCGAAUGCCGGCGGGCUUCGACCCGUCGUCGCGCCUGUCUGCAACGGCCGUGCUCGGCGGGCACCUCUUCGUCUUCUCCCGCUCGUCGCACGACGACGCGGGGCGAAUUGAACGGCUAGAUCUGUACGAUCUCGCGACGGACGAAUGGAUGCAAGUAGGGCUAAUCCGAGGGCCCACGGAGGGGUGGUGCCGCGGCGCAGUAGCAGCGGUUGACGGCGUGGGGUUGCUGUGCGUGAGCGCGGAGAGGCGGAGGCUGGGACUGGGGGAGGUAGAUGUGGCCUGGCUGAACGUAGACUCGCGGGAGUGGGUGGUGGUGGCGCAGGUGCCUGUAGCCCGGGAAUUGGGGUGGGCUGGAGCAGUGUCCGCGUGCCACGUGGCGGCUGCCGGGCGGAGGGUUUUCGUGGUGACGGAAGGGGCGCUGGUGCAGCGGCAAAUGUGCAGUUAG